GUCGGAGCGAGAUUCCGCAAAGCCUGGUCUCUGCUCCACUCUGUUGGUGAAGUUCACCAUAAACUUCCUUCACCAUGGAAUGAGUUUUAGUCCGCUAGGGGCAGACCUUGAGUUGGAGCCUAUUGGCCUACCGUGUUCUAUGACUAAAAAGAAAGUAAAGGUGAUAAAUGUAUUAUAUCUUAGUAAAAAUGGCAAUACUAACGAGGUGUCUAUUCUCUAUGUCAGUUUAUCAGCACUUCUCUCCUGUCUGCCAGCGAGGAGGAGGUCUCUGUUGUUUCUUCAUUUACGUCACCCCUCUUUCAAUCCCUUCCUCCUUCCGUCCUGCUCUACAUACAACGUCAACGGGGGACACCACGUUCAAACUGGUUUCUCAUAUUAACACCCACCACAAUCACUUCGCCACCAUAAACCUCUUUUGGAACCAGGAGGAAGCCAGCAGGCGCCUGGUUAGAUGUGAGCCCAGGGAGAUGGCCAGACAGGUUGAUUCUGGCACUCAGACUGAUCCUGUGGUGGUUCUGUCUCUAGCCCAGGCUGCUGUUCUGGGGCUCAUCUCUCAGAAUGAGGUGUUUGGUGCUACCAUCGCUCCUAAUGGCUUCUACACAGGAGAACCUAAAGAGUCCCCUGCCCUGCCUGUAGAGGGGGUGGAUUACGAAUACGCUGAUCAGCUGAUAGGAGCUAACGGAGAUUACCUGGGAGAAAACCUGCCUGAAGACGGACACAUGCAGCCCAGCUGUAGCCAGAGGAGGUGGCACGGACCAUCCCCCGAGGGGAAGAUGGUAGGGCCCGAGCGCCAUGCUGGAGUGCCUGUGGACGGGUCAUCCCAAGUGAAAGGAGAAGGGGUUAUCACUGGCCUGACGUCCUGUGUUCACAUGCUGAACAACCUGGCUACUACUAGAGGGGGAUUGGUCCAGGUUGACCCCGCCUCUCUCCGUGCCGCCGCCCAAAAAGGCUGUGCCGAGUGUGACAGAGACAUGUCCAGCCAGCAGGCUAACACACACCCUCACACACACUCCCAGGCAGGGCACAGCCAUAAAGGGGAGCCGGGGCAUCGAGGCCUGCAGGGGCAGAGGGGGCAUCAGGAGAGAGCAAGGGAGGAGGAGGAAGAGGGAGAGCAGGGAAACAGCCUGAUGAAAGGAGGACAGGAGGAGACUAUCAGCAGCUACUUCCAGUCCAGCGAGGUGGGGGGGUACGAGGGGGGGGAGAUCUACCAUGAGAACAGCCAGGGUAUGAUGUGGGGCAACCAGCUGGAGCAGGGGGUAGGGGGAAGAGGAGGAGCAGGAGCAGGAAGAGGAGGGACCCAUCGUCACCACGGCCGGAGGGUUGACCGUCUAGACAUCAACAUCCAGAUAGAUGAGUCGUACUGCGUGGACAUGGGGGAGGGGCUGAAGAGAUGGAAGUGCCGUAUGUGUGAAAAGUCUUACACUUCCAAGUACAACCUGGUAACUCACAUCCUGGGUCACCAGGGCAUCAAGCCCCACGCCUGCCCCCACUGUGGGAAGCUGUUUAAACAACCCAGCCACCUGCAGACCCACCUGCUCACCCACCAGGGAACUAGGCCUCAUAAAUGCACCGUGUGUAAGAAGGGCUUCACCCAGACCUCCCACCUGAAGAGACACAUGCUGCAGCACACCGACGUCAAACCUUACAGCUGCCGCUUCUGUCGCCGUGGCUUCGCCUACCCCAGCGAGCUCCGCGCCCACGAGACCAAACACGAGCGCGGGCGCUGCCACGUGUGUUCCCAGUGUGGCAUGGAGUUCCCCACCUACGCCCAUCUGAAGCGCCACCAGACCAGCCACCAGGGACCAACUAGUUACCAGUGUACAGAGUGCAACAAGUCCUUCACCUACCGCAGCCAGCUGCAGAACCAUCUACUGAAACACCAGAGUCCUCGGCCAUACUCCUGUUCCCACUGUGGGCUGGAGUUUGUCCAGCUACACCACCUCCGCCAGCACGCCCUCACACACAAGGGAAUGAAGGGUCAUAAGUGUGAGGUGUGUUCCCGUGAGUUCACCUUGUCAGCCAACCUGAAGAGACACAUGUUGAUCCACAACAGCAUCAGACCCUUCCAGUGUCACAUCUGCUUCAAGAGCUUCAUCCAGAAACAGACGCUCAAAACGCACAUGAUCGUCCACCUGCCCGUCAAACCCUUCAAAUGCAAGGUGUGCGGGAAGUCGUUCAACAGAAUGUACAAUCUGUUGGGUCACAUGCACCUCCACGCCGGCUCCAAACCCUUCAAGUGUCCUUACUGCUCCUCCAAGUUUAACCUGAAGGGGAACCUCAGCCGACACAUGAAGGUCAAACACGGCAUGGACAUCUCACCUGACGGACAAGAUGCUCUUCCCGGGAUGGAGGGCCAGGGCCACUAUGAGGAGGACAACUUUGACUUUGGGACCUCAGGGGCAAACAACAACAUGGAUAAUGGAGGCUCCCAGAACCUCACCAAGCUCACCACGGCCAACAUGGACGACAUGGACAACUAUUACAACUUUGGGAAGGAUACAGCUAACUACAACACGUCUUGAGCAGCAGGAGAAUAGUGUUAAUGGACUACAGACCAUUAGACACCAUGGAUUAAUGGAGAAGAGACCAUGGGUUAAUGGUGGACUAACUGCAGACCAUGGGUUAAUGAGGAAGAGUCCAUGUGUUAAUGUAGAGGAGACCGUGGGUUAUUGGUGGACUAACUACAGACCAUGGGUUAUUGGUGGACUAACUACAGACCAUGGGUUAUUGGUGGACUAACUACAGACCAUGGGUUAUUGGUGGACUAACUACAGACCAUGGCUUAUUGGUGGACUAACUACAGACCAUGGUUUAUUGGUGGACUAACUACAGACCAUGGUUUAUUGGUGGACUAACUACAGACCAUGGGA